GGUAUGGUUAAAAGAAGAUGUUAAUGGGUUUAAUUGAAUGAUAAAAAAAAUAAUUAUGUGUGUGAUGAUCAUGUUAAAGAAAUACCGCGGUUUUUAAUCAAUAUCCUUAAUUUCAUACAAACAUUUUGGAGAAUUCAACCAAUGUAACAGGGUAACUUUCAUAACAUAGAACAUGGAUUAACUAAGAACUGCUUUAGGCUUACCUCGGAGCUUAGCUUACAAGACAUGCCAGUGUAUAUAAUUUUUUAAUUUGGAAGACACAAAGUUUGCAAGUAAUGGCUUCUUAUAGCCCUAAAUUUUUAGAAAAGAAGUACAAUAACUGGGUUAAAUCUCAGUUAGCAGUGUUGUUUACUAAAGAAGGUAUUGAACCUUUUGUUAGCAAUGAAAUCAAACAAUUCCAAUUGAAAUGCUUAGAUGAUAUAUGUUACCAAAAUGGACUAUUUAAUGGGACUUUGUGUUCAAAUUGCUGUACGGCAAAUAUUAUUAAAUGUCCAACAAAUACAAUAUGUAAUGUUAGACGUGGAAAAUGCAGUUAUCAUCGAAAUGCUGCAACAAGGUAUAAUCCUGCCGGCUGCCCUAACAAGAUAUGUCAUAAUUUCACAACUGAGAUACAGAAUGCACAUAGGUACUCUGGUCCAUCUUACAAAAACACUGAUGCUUCACAGUGGUGUAGUAAUUUCUGGGAAGUGGCGAAAUGCUUCAUGCCUCCAGAUGGGUACAAAGAUAAAACAUCUGCAGCAGAAACAGACUUCAAUGGUAUAAUCAGCGUUAUUCUCAAUUACAAAGGCUUCCAGGGGAAAAUCCAUGAGAACCUGAACAAUAAGAAGAAUAUGUUUGAGGAGGCAAGAGAAAUUGGAAGAAAAGUACGACAUUCUUCAACAUUUGAAGUAGAGGAUACAGAUCUUCAAAAAUACUUCAAACUAUUACAGAAUCUACUUUAUGAUCAAGUAUAUUUAGCUACAGACACGCAUGCACAAAAUGCUAAAAAGAAACUGACAGAGUUAGAAAAUGACACUUUAGUCAUUGGAAAAGAUGAUGUAAGAAAAAUACUAGACGAUGUGGCAAAGGCAAUUCAAGACAAGAUGAAGGCUGGAUUAGAUGGGCAUUAUGACAGAAUUAAACUAGAUAUGAUCAAAAGAAAACAAGAAGAUCUUCUAUCUCUUCAGUCACAAUUAAAAGAUGAAGCUAAUGCUUCUGUUAAAAGAUUGCAUGAAGAACAGGACAAAGCAGUUGAGAAAAUCCACGAAGAAGGAGAUAAAGAACGAGCAGAUCUGGCUGAAUUAGGAGAGACGUUAUGCAAAAGACUUAAAACAGCACAUAAAGACGAGAAAGAAAAAGGAUAUAUUGAUUCUAAACAAAAUCUGAAGGAUGAACUUAUAGCAUGGUACAACACCUAUCAGAGUACAGUUCCUCUUUCACCACUCACAGAUGAUUCCCAUACCCCUCUAGCUGGGUUCUACAUUAUGCCAGAAAUUGACAUACAGACGAAUCUUCCAGGUGGAAGGAAAGAAACAACUAGAGUCAAGUCGUUACAUGACCUGUUUACAUCGGGUAGAAAAGUUCCAAGGGAAAUAUAUUUAUCAGCGGUCGCUGGAUUUGGGAAAACAGCAUUUUCAAAAUAUCUCGCUAUAACAUGGUGUCAAGCUAAUAAAAUGGAUGAAAAUUAUAACCAUUUUAAAAAAGAAGAAUUGGAGGCAAUAUCUGGCUUUGAGUUUUUAUUUCUAGUGCUAUUGAGAGACGUAGAUACAGAAUGUGAUGUUGACAACAUGAUUGAGCAACAAAUCAUAAAUAAUCUUCGUUGUAAAUCUGAAAUACCAAAAACUCUUUUAAAUGACAUUUUACGCAAUGAAAAAUGUCUUGUUAUACUGGAUGGACUUGAUGAAUGGUUUCAUCCUGACAACGAUUGUUCAAGACUUCCAAAAAGUAUUCCUCAUCGGUAUGCACGUGAAAAGUGUGUAAUCCUAACAACGACCCGGCCAUGGAAGCUUGGAGUCUCAAACUUGAAGAUUUAUCAAGUAGACAAAACAGUGGAGCUAGUUAAACUAGAUAAACAAAAUGUAAGGCAGUUUAACCUAAACGCAAUGCAAAUAUUGAAAGGCACCGUUGAAGAAGAAAAACUGAUCAAUGAAGUUUGUAGAUUUGAAGAGGAAAUUAGAAACCAUGACCUUGAUGAUAUGGAAUCCACCCCUCUCCUGUUGCUAUAUCUUAUAUGUUUAUGGAUUGCAAAAAUUCCAAUAGGAAAUUCUGCAGUAGAAUUAUAUACAGGCAUUAUACAGCUCCUUCUAUCUAGAACAGAAAAGUUACAUGGAAUGUUUCAUUCAUCAUGUGAAACAUCCCCUAGUAAUGUUCCAGAAUGUUUCAGAAAACAUCAACAUUUCUGUCGUUACUACACAUUUCUGGUGACCAUUGGGAAACUAGCUUUUAAUACAUUGUUCAGUAAGAAAAAAGAGCACACAUUAGUUUUUGAUGAAAAUGUUGCAAAAAAAUAUCUAAACCUAGAAGAUUUGAAAUCAAGCUGUCUAUCAGGAAUAUUAUCAGACAGUAAAGUGAAAACAUUAAUAAAUGAAUGUUCUAAAAUCUCAUUUUCUCAUAAAACAGUGCAGGAAUACUUUUCAGCAAUAUUUAUAAGUUUUCAAAAUACAAGUGAAGUUCAAAAAAUUAUUUUUGAAGAGUGCAACUGUUUACAAAAUAUUCUAGACAUGUCAAAAGUGUUUGUCUUUAUUAGUAACAUGAACCCUAAAUUAAUGUCUACAAUAUCAAGUGAUUUGAUGCCUGUAAUAAACAAUGAUGAAAAAACAAGCAAAUACAGAACUACUACACGUUAUAAUUACAUGUACAUUGAUCCAUUACAAGACAUACAAGACAUGUACAUUUCUUGUGCCAAAGAAAGCCAUGAAAACAAAGACCUAAAUUUGUGCUUACAAGAUUUCUUCAUUAAUGAAAAAUGUAAACAAGAAAACUACUUCAAACAAUUACAACAUCUGUGUCAACACAAUAAAGAAAACAUAAAAUCAAUAACGAUACAAAAUAAAGGUAUUUGUAGUCUACAAAAAAUUAUCAGUUUGUUAACACUCGCUGACCUUCCACAUAUAGAGAAAUUAAUCUAUGGAGGUGAAAUUGAAGAAGAGGAAAUAAUGAGCUUGUUAUUGAAGCCUUUAAAAUGUUUAACUGUGAUAUCACGGAAAUGGGAAAAUCAUGAUUUUGUAGGAGAAGUUUGCCGGUUGUCUGCAGAGAUAAAUGGAGGACUGGUAAAAUUACAACACCUGGAGUGUUUAUGUAUAGACUGUUUCACUAUGACUCACGAGGUAAUGGAGACAUUGUUAAAUCUCCUCACUAGUAAAAAAUCAAUGAAUCAAAUAAUAUUGUACAAUUUAGAAUGUAGUGAUCAUGAUACUUCAUGUAGGGGAUUCAACCUUGACCUGUCUCAACAUUCACAACUAAGAAAUUUAGGAUUGGUCAGGAUACCUGUGUCACAAUUAAAUAUGGAUGUAUCAUUGUUAGAGGAAUGUGAUGUAGGUGAAUUAUAUAAACCUGGUGUUGUGUCAUCUUAUCUCAGUCAACUACCAGCAGCCAGUAAACUACAUACAUUUACGUGUAGUAAACUAGAAUCUUCCAGUGACAUAGAAACAAUGUUACAAAUAUUAUCAUUGUUAUAUCAUGUGAAAGAUGUUAGGUUGUGGGGAAUCAAUCUAGGUGAAAGAUCAUUAACACUGUCACCUCAAAUGAUCAAUAUUGAACGUGUUUUCUUGUUGUAUAUAACAAUGUCUUGUUCAGUGUUACAUGAUCUCAUUACUGUUAUAAACAAACUACCACAUACAGUGACAGUAGGUAUGGCAGGUUGUGAUAUAAAACCAGAAACAGAAUUUGAAAACUUUAAAACAUUUAUAAAACAAUCAGACAAUUUUGUGGUCACCUAUGAUGGCACCGGGAAGUCUGGAGAGUAUGGGUUUGAGUUUAAAAAAACAACAACAAGUACUGGAUAACCUUACAUGAACUUGUGAGAAACAAUUUAUAAAUAGAUUAUGAGACAUUUAAGUGACAGUAAAUGGGCCAAUUGUGUUAGCAUCUUAGUCAACAAAUAAAGUUAAACAUACAAGGAAAUGUUUGCUCUUUUUAAGAACCUUAGGAUGUCUGUAACAAUAUUUUUGGGAUGAAAGGAUAAGUUUUUAAAUACUUUUUUCAAAAUAUUAAAUCUUAUGCAGUGUCGGUAGGGGACGGAUGUUACAAAGAUAUAUACUAAAACUUAAAAAAGUCUGAAUAUCUUAAAAUUUAUAAUAAAAAUUGUAUUGUUUCUCUUUAUUUUAUUAAUAUAGUAUGUAUUCUGAAAAGUCUGUCACAAAAUUUUUUCAGAAAAUUCAUCUUAGAUAUAAAAAUAUUUGCUUUCAAAUUGUCAGCAUUUUUCCCCCGCAAAAUUAAAUCUUCAAACAUGUUAGAAACAUGUUUGUAGUAAAAAAGACAAGGCUAGGUACAUCAAACCAUACUUAAAUCAAAUAUGCAAACACAUUUUUUUUAAAACAUUUAAAAUUAUAGGACUUUCUUAUGUAUAUUUCUUGUCAGAUAAUCCAGAAAUGAAUUGUAUCAGGGGGUGGAUGUUACAUUUUUUUUUUGGGGGGGGGGACGGAUGUUACACUAGAUGUUUAAAGCUGAUAGUUCAUACUUUCUUUUGGUUUUAUUAUAAAGUAAUAAAAUUUCUAAGAGUAUUAUGCUUUGUAUAGUACAAUAAAUGUAUAAUAAUUGAACAAAUUAUGAGAAAAAUGUAGAAAUAUACCUGACAAUUAUGGAGUUUCUUACUUUUUGCGUUUCACAAUGAAAAGAUGCAUUGCGUUAGUUGUCUUCCAGUUAUCUUACAUUUGAAUGAACUUUGAAAUGUUUGGAUUAAAAUAAGAUCAUUGCUUAUCGAUUUGAUGAAACUUUAAGUAAAUUAAUGUGGAAAAUAAGCAGCAUAAUCCAAAGAUUUCAUUAUGAUUCAGUGUCAUAAGCUAAUUGUACCCCCACCACAAAAUGUGGGAGGGGGCUAUAAUGGAUUCGCUUUGUCGGGUCGGUCGGUCACUCCAUCUGUCUCCAUUUUCGUGUCCGCUCUAUAGAUCCUAUACCAAUUUAAGGAUUUUCUUCAAACUUGGCUCAAAUGUUCACCUCAACAAGGGGAUGUGCAGAACCCAUGUUGCCCAUGUGUCAGCUCAAGGUCAAGGUCACAAUUGAAGGUCAAAUUAUAUCAAACACAAUCAAAUAUUAGACAGUAUGUCGUGUCCGCUCUGUAAGUCCUACACUAAUUGAAAGUUUUUCUUCAAACUUGGCUCAAAUGUUCACCUCAACAAGGGGAUGUGCAGAACCCAUGUUGCCUAUGUGUCAGCUCAAGGUCAAGGUCACAAUUGGAGGUCAAAUAUCAAACAAUCAAAUAUUACACAAUAUAUCGUGUCCGCUCUGUAAUUAAAUUUUUGCUUCAAUCUUGGCUCAAAUAUUCACCUCAACAAGGUUAUAUGCAGAACCCAUGUCACCCUAUUGCCGGCUUAAGGUAAAGGUCACACUUGAAGGUCAAAAAUUGACUUAGAAAAUAUUCUUAAAUUUUAACAUGUAAUUAUUUGAAUAUAUCUGAAACUAGAAAAGGUAUUUGCUUGAAACUUAAAAUAUAUAUGAAGUGUCACAAUUUAGAUAUGCUUUUCAAGUUUCAUAACUCUGUAUUGCAUUUUAACAAAGUUAUGCCCCUUUUUAAGUCUUAAAUUUACAUACAAUCAAAUAUUAGACAAUAUGUUGUGAUCACUCUAUAAAUCCUAUACUAAUUGAAAAUUUUCUUCAAACUUUACUCAAAUGUUCACCUCAACAAGGUUAUGUGCAGAAUCAAUGUCACCUUUGUCAUGUGCCGGCUAAAGGUCAAGGUCACACUUGAAGGUAAAAAAAUGACUUUGAAAAUGUACUUAAAUUUUCACAUGUACUUGAAUUUUUCUGAAACAAGAAAAGGUAUUUGCUUGAAACUUAAAAGAUAUAUGAGGUGUCACAAAUAAGAUAUGCAGGUCAAGUUUUAUAACUCUGUAUUGCAUUUUGACAAAGAUAUGCCCCUUUUUAUCUUUUUUUUUUUUUUUUUUUUUUGAAAAAAAAUGUAGAGGUUUUGUUAUAGUCGCGGCGGCGUUGCUUUUUUUAUUUCUUGGUGUAUUGUCUUCAUACUUGGUCACAGCAACCCUUGGGACAAGACCUUUCAGUAGAUCACACUAACUUUGCCUUCAUCCAUAAAUG